AGAAUGCACAGGAAACGUGUUUUAAAAAGUUGAACUGUUUUUAACUUGACAGCGCGUCUUUAAAUCGCACCGCUGUCGCUAGGAAUAAAGAGAAGGACGCUACUUUACAGCCGUCCGUCUGACGCAUGUGUACAUGUGUCCACCAAUUAUAAAAUAGCGCAUACAGAACGCAACAACACGUCCUGUGAGAACGCCCCCCAGAACGCGGGUCAUUCUAUCGAGCCACUGAAGGGUGUCCAUCCAUCCUCUUACACUACGUAACCAUGACAACAGCCCCGGAUGGUGGAGCGCGAGGGUAGACAGGUGUUGGGUUGCGCAGAGGAGAGACACCUACGCGAUCGCUUCAUACUUUCCCAUGUAUCCUGCCUUCAUCUUCUGUCCGCGAGGAUCUCUAUCGGGAAACACCAUGGUGCAUCAUUCUGGAUCCAUACAGUCCUUCAAGCAGCAGAAGGGUAUGCACACCAGUAUCAGUCAGAUUUUGAAGGAGAAAACGCUAAAGUCGUCUCGCCGCAGUUUGCCGUGUCUGGCUCAGAGCCAGACACAUCCUCAGAACCUCAAUCACUUCCUGUCUGUGCCUCUGAGUCCUGAACCCAAAACAUACUCUCACAGCGUCAGUGCCUCCUGCACACACAUCACACCUCCCACAGACACAGGUCAGGAUGUCUAUAUGGAAGAGAAGGAAGUGGGGGAUUUUGCACCUAAAACAGAUGAAACACACCUCGUCCACCAGAAGCCGGUGCCCAGAGGAAAGCUAGAAGCCCGCACAGAAUCCACACAGGGGAACAGUCUAGAUAACCCCUCAGGAUUGAUGUUUAGAGAUGGGAAGAAGCGUAUCGACUACAUCUUAGUGUAUAAGAAAUCCAGCCCUCAGGUGGAGAAGAGGUGCACAUUUGAGAGGAACCUACGUGCGGAAGGUCUAAUGCUGGAAAAGGAGCCCUCAUUAACCAAUGGUGAUAUCAUGUUUGUGAAGAUUCAUGCACCAUGGGACACGCUGUGUAAAUAUGCAGAGCAAAUGAACAUUCGAAUGCCCUUCAGGAAAAAGUGUUACUUCACAGACUGGAAGAAAAAAUCUAUGGGAAGUCAAUUUCAGCUGAGAUUUCGUCAGUUGAAGAGCUGGUUGCCCAGGAAUCCUAUGAAACUGGAUAAGGAGGCCUUACCAGAUCUGGAGGAAACGGACUGCUACACUGCCCCCUUCAGCAGGGCCAGAGUGCACCAUUUUACCAUCAACAACAGAGAGACGUUUUUCUCAAACUCAACCAGAAGCAGAAUAGUACAUCAUGUACUACAGCGCACAAAGUAUGAGGAUGGGAAGUCUAAGAUGGGCAUUAAUCGAUUACUUGGCAAUGGCACAUAUGAGGCAGCGUUUCCUCCACAUGAGGGAAGUUAUAAAAGCAGACAUCCAAUUAAAACCCAUGGAGCUCAAAACCACAGACACCUUUUGUACGAAAGAUGGGCACGCUGGGGGAUCUGGUACAAAUACCAGCCUUUAGACCUCAUACGGCGGUACUUCGGAGAGAAGAUCGGGCUGUAUUUUGCCUGGUUAGGCUGGUAUACAGGUAUGCUGAUCCCUGCUGCUCUAGUCGGCCUCUUUGUCUUCCUCUAUGGGCUUUUCACCAUGGACUCCAGCCAAGUAAGUAAAGAGAUCUGUGAGGCUAACACCACCAUCAUGUGCCCCAUGUGUGAAGGCAACUGUAGCUCCUGGACUCUAAGUGACAGCUGUGUCUAUGCAAAGGUGACCCAUCUUUUUGAUAAUGGAGGCACGGUGUUCUUUGCUAUCUUCAUGGCAAUAUGGGCCACGGUAUUCCUUGAGUUCUGGAAGAGGAGAAGAGCGGAGUUAACCUACGACUGGGAUUUGAUUGACUGGGAGGAGGAGGAGGAGGAACUACGGCCCCAGUUUGAAGCCAAAUACUCCCGGAAGGAGAGAGUAAACCCUAUCUCAGGGAAACCAGAGCCCUUCCAGCCCUUCACAGACAAACUCAGUCGACUCAUGGUGUCUGUUUCAGGAAUCUUUUUCAUGAUCUCUCUGGUUCUGACAGCCGUGUUUGCCGUGGUGGUAUUUCGGCUCAUUGCCAUGGAGAAGUUCGCUUCCUUCCAGUGGGAGUUUGUGAAGAAGAACUGGCAAUUCGCCACCUCAGGCACUGGAGUCUGCAUCAACUUUAUGAUCAUCAUGUCUCUGAAUGUGGUCUAUGAGAAAGUGGCCUACCUACUUACAAAUUUGGAACACCCACGGACAGAGUCGGAAUGGGAAAACAGCUUUGCCCUCAAGAUGUUUCUCUUCCAGUUUGUCAAUCUCAACAGUUCUACCUUCUACAUAGCUUUCUUUUUAGGGAGGUUUGCUGGCAGGCCGGGUGACUAUAAUAAGCUGUUUAACCGGUGGAGGAUGGAGGAGUGUCAUCCCAGUGGUUGUCUGAUCGACUUGUGCCUACAAAUGGGAGUGAUCAUGGUGUUGAAACAGAUCUGGAACAACUUCAUGGAGCUGGGCUACCCACUGUUGCAGAACUGGUGGUCUCGGCGUAAGAUGAAACGUGCAGGUGAGCAGAAUAACAGUAAAGAAGAGCUUCCACAAUGGGAUAGAGACUGGAACUUGCAGCCCAUGAACGCACAUGGCCUGGUGGACGAGUACCUGGAAAUGGUUCUACAGUUUGGUUUCACUACAAUCUUUGUGGCGGCAUUUCCUCUGGCUCCUCUGCUGGCUCUGCUCAACAACAUCAUUGAGAUCCGAUUAGAUGCCUACAAGUUUGUCACGCAGUGGAGGAGACCGAUGCCCGCCCGUGCCACUGACAUCGGUAUCUGGCAUGGUAUCCUGGAGGGAAUUGGAGUUGUGGCUGUCAUAACAAAUGCCUUUGUCAUUGCCAUCACUUCAGAUUACAUCCCCCGCUUUGUCUACGCAUUCAAAUAUGGGCCCUGUGUGGACAAGGGUUACCGGCAUGAGAAAUGUCUAAGAGGAUACUUGAACAACAGCUUGUCUGUUUUUGAAAUGGGUGAAUUGAGAAACGGAACGUACCAAAAUCGAUACUGCAGAUAUCGGGAUUACAGAGCGCCUCCGUGGAGUCCUGAACCCUACGAUUUCACCCUGCAGUUCUGGCAUGUUUUGGCUGCGAGACUAGCCUUCAUCAUCGUCUUUGAGCACCUUGUGUUUGGCAUUAAGACCUUCAUAGCCCACAUGAUUCCAGACAUGCCCAAAGACCUGUGUGAUCGCAUGCGCAGGGAGAAAUACCUAAUGCAGGAGAUGGUGUAUGAGGCGGAACUGGAGCACCUGCAGAAAGAGCGGAAAAAGAAUGGCAAACGUUAUCACCAUGAGUGGCCUUAGCCGUGCCUGCCCAUAAAUACACAGAUAAUUUCCCACUGGAGAAUCACAUACCCUACCCACAAAAGCACAUAAAUGCUUGAGAGUGGUGAACAAAUGUCUUUGCAACAUGCACAACUGCAGCACAUAUUUGAACACAGGCAUUCAUGUACGACCGUUCUGCUGCCUUGGAUGGCUAGCUUUAUUGACUCCAUGCAUGGGCUGCCCACUUCAGAUUUUCAUUGCUGUGAUAAACCAGGGAGCGGAUUCAGCGUUUGAGGUCAAAACCUGAUCUCCGGGUGGGCCUUUAGAGCCAGGAAUGGGCAACUGUACUCUGCACCAAAGAGGUUCUUCUCAGUCACAUGACCCCUGCCUGAGACCUCCAGUUAACCUGUAUUGUCAUCCUGCUGAGUGUGUUUACACACUUAGAGCAGUAGUUCUCAAGCUGUACUGAUUGGCUACUUUAAAAACAGUUGGCUAGUUUAGGUUUAUUAGCUAAAAGUAGCUAAAAGAACAAAACAGCAGCCUGGCAAAAACAAAGAAAAAAUUGUUGAUUUUAAGGAAGUCUGCCACGUUUAAGUUUGAGAACCACUGCACCAGAGAAAGCUCUGAUGACAUUUUGUGCAUGGAAUUGCAUAAGUUCCAUUUUGAGGGUGUGAAAAGAGUUGGAUUCAUUUGAAAUCAAGCUGAAAUGCGACAAAUUGGAUUUCCGAAAGCACAACUGGACCCGCCUGCCUUCUAAAUGGUUAAAAAAAAAAUGUCUGUUCCAGAGUACACUGCUGCAAAUGUUCAAGGAAAAGGUCACAUUGAAGGAGUUUCACUUUUGCAAAACCUCGCUAUGUCUAUGUGCCGGAUCAUCAAGUUUGAAAUCAAUGGAUUACAGCAUUCUCUGAUACACUGUAAACUCCAGUGUGUAGGUGGGAAAUGACUAUAUUCAUUGAACAUACAUCCUUCCCAACAUAGCCUGCAGUGAUGCUGCUCUUUCAUCUGUGUCCUAUCAUAGUUCUGAAUGGAGCACUUGUGCGGUUUGGAUUGUUUACUAUGCAGACGAAGGGCUUUUGGAGUUCCUGUUUUCUGCUUGUCUACUUGUCUGCGUCUCUGAGGCCACGUAUAGCUAAAUUCAUUUGUCACCUCCUGUCCUGUACACACAGAUCAGUAAUUUACAGGAGUGACAACUGCAUUCUACAAACGUAUGAACUCUCAAAAAAUGCAGGUAGUGACAACCACAUUUAGAAAAAAUAUACGUAGUGUGUACGGAACACACUAGUUGUGAAUGCUGCAUGACAAGAGAAAGAUGACAGACGAGGGAUUCAUGUUAAAAUACCUAUUUUAACAUACAUCAGAGAUGUUUCUCUCUUCUGUAUGUGCGGUGCAAGAAAUCACAGGGAAAGCACUACGAAGACUUGACUGAUCUUGCAAGCAAAUCAGCGAAAAAGAAAAAGCCCAUAAAAAUAAAUGGAAAUGCUUUAUGCUGAAAAUAAGACCGAAAUAUUGUGACCCGCACCUGCUCACUUUAAUAACUCCAUAAACUUGAUCGCUUUAUGAGCCAAGCAAGCCCAAAACGCUUAUAAUAAGUGGACAUGGCAAAGCUGCACGAGCACACUCCGUCUAGCAGCCUUUCCAAACAUAAGCAAAACACGUUGACUGUGCUUCAGUUAAAAUUGCUGAACAUAACGAAGUCUUUUGUCACUGUAAUAGUCAGAAUAACAGAGGCCAAACAUGCGAGACGGCAGAACAUUGUUAUGGUUACUGCAGUGUCAGUCGUAGCAGUUUCGGGAGUGAGUCGUGUUCCGCACACACAUGCCCAUGUUUUCACAGACAAGUUUUAAGUCUAGUCCCAGACUAAAAUGCAUGUUUGAGCUGUUUUAACUGAAAGCAACUUGCACUGAUAUAUCUUAAAAUAUAUCAGCGCCAUUGUUUUGUCUCAAGAUGCACACCAGUAAUGUUUUUUUUCUGAAGGCAAGUUUAUAAAAGCUAUUAAAAUGUAUUAGUUGAUUUAAGGCCUAAUCCUGGUUUAUUCUAAGCCCCGUCUGUGAAACAAGGCCCUGGAACGAUAAUUCCGUUUUUCCUGCAUUUAAAUGCAGUUGUCACUCCUGAAACUUUACAGUGUGUACGUGGCCUCUGUCUGUGCUUGGGCAGCUAUCAUCCCGCUGUGAAGCAGAUCUCUACCUGGUGCCAGGCAACGUGACAACGUUUACUUACGAACACAUUUACCGAAUACACCCUCUCUCUUCGCUUGCCAGCAUUUCACAUUGUGAUUCUUGUUACAAAAGUGGUUUCUGGUAAAAAUUACCAAAUAAAAAUUAGUUUGUUUAUGCAAAUGAACAGUUUGUAUGUACUACAUCGCCUUGAAAAGAUAUGCAGAUCUGUCUUUCAAUACAAUGUCAUUUUGUCAAGGCAAAAUAAAUAAAAUUGCCAUCUUUGGCAAAAUGGUGAUAUAAAUAACAUGCAUGUUCUUUUUUUUAAUUGCAUGUUGUUUCUUUGUUUUUCAUAAUUUUAUAAAAGACUGUGUCCUUGUCCAUAUGCCUGGUUUUGUAGCGUGUGUGAGCUGAAUUUGAUGUGUGAGUGUAUCUGUGUUCCGACGCCUGCUUUUGUUGCUCGGUGAUGUAUUUUGUGUGUUUAUGGUUCCAUCGGUCCAUGUGCCCACCUACCUGAGCUGCAUCUCUGCAGUAUAUAGUACUGCAUGUAUGUACUGUGAAUUUUCUGUGUGCAUAGAUGACCCACUAACUAUUUGCAAAAGUGUUCAGCAUACAACAAGUGUGUGCUGUGAGUGAAAUGUGGUAUCCCACAAUGCAAUGCUUUCUAUUAGGGGUGUAACAAUAUAUGGUGUCACAAUAUAUCACAAUACAAAAAUGCAACAAUAUCGUAUCGUGGAUAGUGACAAUAUGUUGUGGAUAGUUCACCCAAAAUGAAAAUUACUGUGUGAAAUGACUGUGAAGUUUACAGUACUACAUUAAACUACUAUAUAUAAUGUUGAAUAUAAUGUUUAAUAAUGCAAUGGGGGAAUAUUUGUGGGUCCUGAUAACACCAAAUGUCUUAUGUUACCAGUAAAAA